AUGACGACUUCUGCUCUCGACCUCUCCGAUAUCAUCGACGUCUCCCAGCUCUCAUCUGAGCCUGAGAAUUCAUCUCCGGAUCUCCACGCGAACUCCCUGGGAGGUCAAGCGGCGCUACGGCCGCUGCUUAUUUGGAGGGCUUUGAGGAGCCAAAAUGGACCCUCUGUCUCCGUGAGCGACGCUCAUGACGGGCGCAAGCACAGCGCCGUCUCCCCAUUUCCGCCCCAUAUAGACAGCAGAGACGUGUUUCUCUGUGAAAACCACCCACCAUCCCAGUCGCCUUCCGCUCCAGAUAUCGUGCCGGAGAGCACGCCACUGCCGCUCGCCAUAAGCACCCACUUCGUGAGUGAAGCGAAUGUCCCCGAGAUGGAUUUCGCGGGCCUCCUUGAGCCAGUCGUGACACCAUCCGACCACCAGACAGACAGGACAUUGGCAGUCCACAUUCAAAUGCUAAUGGCAAAUGCAUAUGACGAAGACCUCCACCGGGAGUACAAUGCCGACGUCGAAUUGACAGACCUGUUUGGCCGUAGCGUCACCGCAGAUACGCAUGAUGUAUCUAGCGUUGUUGUUCCCGGUCCACCCGAGGUGGAGCAGGAACCAACGACAACUAAAUACACAAAUUGCAUUCGCGAUGCCACAGUCAACAGUGAUGUGGACAAGCACGUCCUUGAUGGUCAAGACAACACGUCAGCCCUUGAUGAUGGCGUGGCCAACUGCGACGGUGAAUAUAGCGUCACCGAGGUCCCGUCUUCAGCUGGGCCCUCUCUGGCCUCCCGGUCCACUCAUCCCUCUCGCCCGAGCUUGCAAGCGCUGCACAAGGCCACGCAGACAACAGAGCAUCCAGUCGAAGCGGCAGGUACGAACGCGAAGGAUUCGCUGCGGCGCAGUACUCGCAAGCGGAAGCACGUCGAGCCCGCGCCCUCCACGAUGUCCGCCAACUCCAAGCAGUCGAUCGAUCCGCUGCAGCAAGUACCCUCUGGAUCCAGCACCACAAGUGGGCGCGAGACAGCGGCAAUGGUAAUUCCGGAGCCUGCUGCUCCCAGACUUGUACCGCUGCAGACCGCAGACGGUCGCUUCGCUUGCCCACACUGUCCUGCCAGAACAUUCCAGCGCUACCACGAUUGCAGGAGGCACAUGGACACAAGCAAGCGAUGCCUUGGCUGGAAUGGCAUCGUGUACCCUUGCCAUCGCUGCGGAAGCGAAUAUACGAGGCGCGACGCAGUAAAACGGCAUAUGGACGAUAAGCCGAAUUGCGCGCAGGACGGCGGUGAAAAGGCGAGCAAGAGAAGACGCAAGUGA